AUGGCCUCUUAUACUUUCGAGAAUGAUGCAGUCCUCGACCGGAAUCAGAACAUUACACGACAACCAGCCAAAAUUAGCCGAGUAAAUGUCUCCGAUGACGAAGGAGACCAAGAAAUAUCGCCGGGAUUCCGUGGUCGAUCCCAGAGCUUAAAAUACCUCAAUGAACGAGAAGAGACUGAGACCAUAUCUAGGUCAAAAAGCCUCAGGGAUGUAGACACGGGAGAUUUUGACAACGUCAAGGCUCGGGUGUCUUAUGUUGAUAGCUGGAACCCAGUGAAUCCUGUAGGGCGGGGUAGGAUAGCAAAAAAGAUUCAAAGCUGGGAGAAUUUGGACGCCGACGGAGACAACAUGUCGAGAGACACAGAAAACGGAUAUGACAGAAAGAGCUACAAUAGCUCAAAUUCUUCACGAAAGCAGAGUUACGAGGGCUACGCGAGAUAUGGGUCGGCUGCCUCCGGUGGAUGGAGGGAUGAAAGAUACGAGCAGUAUGAGGGAUACAGCCAGGAAACUUCUGCUUCGUAUCUGUACAGCGACAGAGACCUAGACGAUCAGGUAGGGGAAUCAGAUAACAGCAGAUGUGCGCUAAGUUUGAAAGGAAAAUUCCGCGUUUGUUUGGCUUGCCGAUCGGUAAAUAUCGGAAUUAUCAAACGAAUAAAAGGUAUGAUAAUUCUUCACAUUUGACCUGAUAGUCUAAAAGGGUUUCAUGAUAAUUGGAAGAGAGAGUGCCGAAUUACUGUAAAAGUGAUACGUUUUUGAUUGACGCAAAAACUGGAUAGACAUUAACGGACACGGAAAUUCAACUGAGUUUGAAUUAUUGAAAGGAAAGAAGAAAAUGAAUGAAUCUGUAAUGAUUUAGAACAUCAAUGAUCACCAAUAGGCCAAGUAAUCAUUUAAUUCCCGAUCGUCGGUCAAACUCAGAGAGUUUCCCUUACACCGAAUUGCGUGUCGUUACAUUCUUUGGAUCUCUCUAAAGACAGGUUUUCAAGUUCUAUUUAGGUAUUGACAUUAGACUUUGGAAGCUAAACUUAUUCAUUGCGUAGCAACACAUGUAAGCAAUGGGAUUAGCCUCUUUCACACAAUUUUUUGUCGUUUAUCCCGAAAAAUUCACACUAAGAACUCUCUGAGGACAGAAUUGUACAGUCAAGUUAUCGUCCAGUGGCUAAACUUGCCCGUUCAUUUAUGAAUACUGCAGUUGUCAUGGGUGUAAACGGGUUAAAUUGAUACCGAGACAUUCAUGCUGAUUUUUCAGUCACUUUGUUUGACUUAUCUUCCCAACCUGUCCUUGAACCUUUGUAAUGCUAAACAGAAAUUUGACGAACAAACAGUGAAACUUUUCUAAAACAAAUUUAACAACAAAAUUUGUUUGGGCAACAAAUGCUUGUGACGAUUGAGCGGUGUAGCCCAAAGCAAAAGAUUUUAAAUUUUAAAUUUAAAUUCCAUGCAUUUUUCGCAUCAUUUGGGAGACAAAUUCUUUGCAGAAGGAGACAAAAUUAAAGGAAAAAUGUUUGAAGAUCCUCUUCUGGAUCCCUUCUAAACACGCUGUUGUAAAAGGGAUUUUGAUAUAACACUUGCUUGGUCUGAAGUAGACCUCGUCGGACGGUAAACUCUUUAGAAGCCGUUGUUUGAUCUUGUCACGCAACAAAACUGUAACCUAAAAAAAACGCACUGUAAAGCCAGAACCCCGUUUUAUGAGCAACCGUGAGGAAUGAGAUCUAAAGCUGUACUUUGGACAUCCUAGCGCAAAAUUUAAUGGCCUUUCGCAGGUUGUCACGUUUUGUCACGCAACGCUCAGCCAAAGUGCCAUAGCGAUAUGAUAGUAUAUCACUUGUUUUCAAAGCUAUUUUUAAGGAGGCGCAAUAGUGCCAGUUCCACUGUAAAGUUCCCGAUGACGCCAAGGAAAGUUGUGACGAUUAAUUUCGUCGUAGCCACGUUCUAGCGCAUUCCUAGCGAUUGCAAAAGCUAUCAGCCCCUCCAUGUUUGAUGUCGUUUACGUAGUUCCUUCCUGCGUCGCAAUUUUAAUUAAACUCAGGGGCCUAAUUAUGGAAGAGAGCGAUGUCUACCUAAGUGCUUUUCUCACGGGAAAGCGUUUAUCAGAGGGAAAGUGGAACUAGCUAUUUCAAGCGACAUAUAAUUACUUUCCAUGGUAUUUGUGCCCUUUAGAAGCCAUGCAGCACUCCUUACGUGAGCAUAGUCUAUCAUAUCAGUCAACGAAGUAAAACUUCGCUUUGCCUUUUAUUCGAUCAUCAGUUGACUCUUCCAUAUGUCAUAGGAGCUGGUCAUGAUAAUUUUUUUCCCAAGGACACUUUCUGAUUGAACCAGAUGUCAAGAAAUUUAAUCCAGAUUUUUCGUUGGAUUUUUUUUGACGUCUAAGAUUAUUUCCCAUGCACAAUAUAAUUGCAUACUCUCACGCCAAGAAAGUGAUCCUUACGAAACGCUCAACUUCUUUGUUAAAUGAUUCAAUUAUUAAGAGGGUAUUCUUCUAUCAAUCGAGGAUUAACAAUAAAACAAACCAUCAGAGCAAAUAUAAAAACGCCCUAUUUUGGUGAUAUUGGCUACUUCAGGAGCAAAGAACGCCAUCUGCGGUUUGUCGCUCACCCUCUGUUUUGCUCUCACAACUGGCUGGGAGCCUGAAAAAGUUUAAUAAAUGCAACGAAUAUUGUUAUUCUUACGGAUGGUGCGUUCCUCAAAGCAAACAUCAUCCUAAAAACUCACGCAUUAUACAAUGAGACUAGAACUUUCUGACAAAAAAUUUACUCUUAUUUCUGAAAAGAUUUCAUAAAUCACGAAGUCAUAAAAAAAAUAGUUCAUGAAAACACAAACAGUUUUCACUGGUAUUUCAACGCUCAGCAGGUGUUUCCGCGACUAACGUACCGAAUUUCAGUUAAGGGGUUAUAAAUAUUUUCUCAUUCUGUAUUCACUGCCAUGUACACGAGGAAGAAUGUUAAUCUAUAAAAAAAACAAAUACAACACCAACUGUAUGGAUUUUGUGUAUCAGCGUGUGCGUUGAAACUUAUUAAAUUCGUGCAAGGGAUGAUUUUUUAAUUAGAUACUGAAUUGAUGGUAUAUUGGCGAAUACCCUUGCCGAUCCGAAUCACGUAACAUGAAAAUAAUUAUCCCCUUGACUUUACUGAAAACUCUUCCUUCGAAGUCUCAAAAAAAGCUUAAUAUUCAGGUUCAAAAAAGAUUUUGAGCCUGAUCGCUUCAGUGUCGAGGUCUAAUAUUUUAACCUUGCCUAGGAGUUCAAAGAAUCACGUUCCCAGUUUCCCUCUUUGUGACAAAAUGAAAGACCUUAGAAACAAGAUGGCGUCUAUGACAUCAUUAUUGGCGAUCUCGCACCGGCGAUUUUUAAAUCUUUACUGAGAUCGCCGUUGUAAAAUGAUCUCUUUAUACCAUUCAUUGAUUAAUUCAACUGUGAUCAACAUGCUGUGCUAGAAUUCGAAAAUUUACGCGAAGGUCAAGUUCACCUUCAUGCAGAAUUCCUAGGAUAAAUAGCCGGGGAAGGGGCUAUCCCCUCACUGAGCGUAAACGCGACCCUUUUGUUUUGCUGGAUGGGGUGAACUGUUUCGAGUUAAAGGUUCUGCAAAUGUCUGUCGAGGUGCUUGUCAUUGAAAAUUUGGGGCAAAAAAUGUACUGUAUAUUCCCACAAGUUCUCUUUUACCCUUCCUUUUUUUUUACGCGGCAGAUGAAGAAUUUUAUUUGCUCAUGCACGAUUCUUAAUUCAUACGGAAGAGAAAAUUUUGUCAGACUUGGUUAUGAUCUACAGAGCAAGGGUGCUUUGGCGACCAAACGCGGUCCUUAAGCGACUCCUAAGUACUACCCCCUAAAGUAGGUGACCGCCACCUUGAAUACUCAAAGUAGAGGGAGACUAGGGAGAGAAAGAAAUGUCUUCAAAGAGGGAAGAAGGGGAUAAGAUUAGGCCUCCAAGUUCUAACUGAGUCUCCCCUCGUUCACCCUCAGACGCAGCAAUGACAACGUUACACCUGACUACCCGCUCUGUUAUUAUAAUCUGUGUGAAAACAGACUCUUUGAGACUAUGCUACAAGUUUGAAGAGAAUACAGCAUCGCACGUUAGAAUAUCAAUUUAUAGGAGAGAAUAUUAAUAUCUGUAGAGGUACAGGAACUCGACAUUACAGGGAGAGAUUGACACCUGUAUCGCGUCUAGUUUUCCCAACACAAAUCGUCGAAACCUUUGGCAAGGCUUGCAAAAUUUAAUUCAAUUUAAAGAUCAGCGCGUUUUCCAUUUCCGGCCGAUAUAAACAUUAGAGUGAAUUAAUAGUAACGAAAAUAGACACAAGUCAGAGACCAAUUUGAUUCGUGGCUUGAAUAAAUUGUAAUUCAAACAUCCCUUCUCCAUUUCGAUAAAUAAAGCAGUAGACAGAAUAAAUUAUCAAAGCUUGAAUAACGUUUUGAUUCGGAACUAAAUUCUCAGAACUUAUGUCAAAGGAAGUGUACGGCAAACAGAAAGGAGAAUGUCUAUUUUCAUCUUACAAACUCAAGAGGUUAAUGAAAAAUCGGUCAGGUAGAAUUUUAACAAGUUUGUAUUCAGGUUAAUGAUCUAUCAGGCCCACGAAAUGAUUUCUCGUUUAUUUCCGACAAAGCAGUUACUUUGGACCUCAGAAAAGGCGUCUAACAUGUCAGGUAACUUUGCUUUUGAAAGAAGUUUGAAAUAUAAAGCUUCUAAUGAUCUCUAACUUAGGAGAACUGUUCGACCGUAGUGAACGUAGUAUUACUCGGCCGGUGUUUGUUAUGUUAAUGUAAACAUGUCCUUCAAACCAAAUUUCAGUCGCAUUCACGCUGACGAGCUUUCCUCAAAUAAAGCUCCUGGCAAGGUAAUAUUGUUUGCUGUAUGAAUUCGCUGAGAUGAGCUGAAGACGACAAUUGAAUUCAAAUACAAACUUGCAAAAUUAGAAUUUAAUUCAACCGUUUAUAAUUUCCUGCCCUCCGCGAGUGCCUGUCUUAAACAUCAGGAAAUUUAGUGUGUUUAUUCAAAUUCCAGUUUGUGCUUGAUAAGUCUAUCACCAAAUUUUUUAGGAAAGUCGGGUUUUCAAGGAAAAUUUUCUCUUAUCCUCCAUUUAAACACAGCCGGGGAAAUCUAACCGAAGAGAAACUUGUCAAACUUGUGGGUUAAAUUUAAACCCAAAGUGAUCUAGCACUCAAACGCUGGCUCGAGGAUCAGUUGAUUCAAACGUUCUCUGACAAAGUUGAUCUUCUCUGGGUCUCUUCAGCGAUGUUUUCAUUUUUAAUAGAAAAAAUAUUCCCUGCUCUAAAUUCUACACUGGCUGCAUUUGGCGCAAUUUCCUGGCAAUCCAAAGAGAGUCAUUUGAAUUUAGUAGAGUAAUCUUAUUUCCUGACAGUUGUGUGCCUCUAUCAAUCCGUAAUUUUUGCAACUAAUUAUCGUUUGAAACCUGGCUCAAUAUUUUCUGAGUGAUCAUUUGUCCAAGUAGCACUCGUAUAUUCCUGUUGGAACUUUCUAGACAAACGAUGUUCAUUUGAGUUUUCAGUUUCUAUUGCAAUUUAUUAGGUCUUCUUUGUGCUCCUUGUGUGUCACGCUUUAAUAAUUACCUCGCGAGUUGCGUGACACUCCUAGGUUACAAUGUGCGAGACCAAUAACACUCCCCUUCCAUCUCUACCCCACCCCAUUUCUAUUCCUAAUCAUUCGACUUUUGUUUUUCUCUUAUUUAGUAGUUUUCAAAAGCAGAGAUAGGAUCGUACGCGUCCUCACGAUUCUUGAAAUGGGCCCCAAAAAGCAAAAAAAAAAAAAAAAGCAAUUGGUCUCGGAGUAUAACGCAUGUUCUGUAAAUGGUUUGAAACAAGGAAUAAACAAUAUCGUGCUUGUCCUGAAAAUGCGUAAUAAUUUUAGUUUAUAUAAUGAUAAUGAUGUUAGGAUUUCUACAGAGGCAUAUUCAUGAGUUCAUGGCGCCUUACACGUUCGGAAGCUUCAUUUGAUCGGAAUCUAGGUUAGAAAAAUUGAAAUCAAUCAGUUAUCAAGACAAAAAUUUGUAUAUUAAAAAAAAUUGGUUGUUGUUGACUAACGUUUAGAUGACAUAAUCAGCAAAAAGAAAGUAAUCACGCGAGUAUAGUAAGAAACUGUUUGUCAGUUGAGUACAUCAAUGCUGUAAGGUCUUGUAAGUCUGUAUCGUGGAAGUGAUGGGUUAGUUUUGCGGCAAUUUCAUUGACUGCGUGACUCAAUUGUGAAUGUCGGACGAAAAUAAGCUUUUGUUCGUAUAAUGGGUUCCGCUUUAAUUUGAUUAUCGAAACGUCAGUCAUUCUAUAAGCGACAUAAGCCUAUAUUAUGGCUGCCUCUAACCCUUCGUAUGAUCGGUUAUGAGCUAUUUCACUGUUCUGAUGUAUUACAAAAAAUUACAAAAGGUUUAUUCAUUAAAGUGAUGUGGAAAGUCUGUGGCCGUCGCAUGGUCGGGUGUUUUAAGGUGUUUUCGGGCGGUCUGCAUCCCACAAUAUUAAACUGGAAUUGAUAGAGAACAUAUUUAUCAAUAUAUUCAAGAGAUGAUUUACGAAUUUUCUAGAUCUUACCGGCAUGGGCCUGCACCAUUUAGAAGCAUCUGGGUAUGAAAUUAUUAUGAUAUUAAACACAACUCCAUGUCAAAUUAAUUUUUGAUUCAAGUCUUGUUACCUGUUUUUCACCUGAGGGAAUUUUUGCACAAUUAAAAAAAAAGAGAGAGGUUUGACACCAGAAAAAUUAAAAUUCACUGAAUUUCCCUGAAAAUGUCACCGUAUUAAUUUUAUCUUGUGUGAUAUCAAAUCCCGGAGCGGUUUAUAAAAUAUUCGUGGUAUUUUUUAUUAUUAUUCGCCUCUUUCCGCAAAAUGAUUUCAACCUCCGUAAAAGAACAAAUUAUGAUCGGUUGUUGAGACAUGUUCUCGAAAAUUCGUUUCGUUGUUUUAACGGAUUGGGAAAAACGCCCCUACCGAAACUACGAAGGAGGGGCCGAUCAUUUCCAUAUUUUGAAUUUUUCAUCACGUUCUUUCUUUUCAAGGUCACAAAGGUCAAGUUGCUUUGCUAUGGUGUGGAAAGAUGUGGUCGCAUUUCGCAAACCUUGUAUGAUCUGCGUUGGCGAGGUGGUAGUUUAGUUUUGGAUAAGCGAUAAUGAGAUGACGAAGAUAAACUAUGUUGCAAAACGCACUCGAAACGCGAUUUCCGUUGUUAUGAGGCUGCGUCAUUGUAGAUGGUUCGUGAAAAAUUUACUCUAAAUUUUUCAAGGAUGUUAUUAGCAAUCCGUUUCAAUCUCGUCCAUUCCUGGCCAUCCUGGCACCUUUUUCGUUCAUCAGUUACUCUAACAUUUUUUUCAGUAUUAUCAAACUAAAGUGUUGUCUCAUUUAAUAACGAAGGCACUUUCGCACAACUCAAAAAAUGACCCUCAAUCGACUUUAUAAUUAAUUUGUCUACGAUGUUAAGUACCUAAAAGGCUAAAAAUUAUCGUCAAUUUAAGAAAAAAUGUCCAAAAUUAUAGAAAUUCUUCGAAUUCGUUAAAAAAGAAUUUCCUUAGCAAACCUAACAAAAACAAUUCAAAAAAAAUUACCAGUUGCAGGGAUUAAAAUCCGGAAAAAGGUUAUUCCUGUGUCCUUAAACACUCUAUAAAAAUAACAGUCUUCCUGAAAAUUUUUUAAGCAUCACGUAAAAUUGUACUUAAUAGAAAAGAACGUUGAGUGUAAAGUGAUUUUUAAAGUUAAUAAGCUUUUAUCGUUCCUUUGGGAUCGUUCAACCAAAAUAUGUACAUCUGAUUGAUAAAUAUUAUGUUAAUCACAUGAAGUAAGCUUUCUCCCAAAAUUGUGACGCACUAACAUAGGUACCUGGCUCUUCCUGAUAGUUGAAAUUUUAGCAAUAGUAUAUGAUGAAACAUGAUACGUAAGAGCUUCCCUCAGCUGAAAUGGUCGCGUGACCCAUUGAACUCUCGUUAAGAACAAAAGGCAUUCAUGUCACGCAAUACUUCUGCAGAUCUGUUUCUUUUUCAAGUCACGAGUUAAAAGCAAUUACUAAUGUGUUCCUAAUUUUAGUUUCCGAUGAUAUUUUAAAUUACGUGCUCUUCUAAAUUACUGAAAAAUCGACGCCGUUUCCGUGCAAAACCAAACUCUCCACCAGUAAGAUUGAAAAGAUGGAAAUAAUUCAUUCAGUUGGAAGCCACAAGGGGUCUUCACUUUACAUCUUUAGAAUCUGUCCUUUGAGCCAGCGUAUAUUUUGGUCGCAAUCUCUUAAUUUUUUUUCUCCAUGAAAUAAUACUUCAUAUUUGUAAACUCUAUAUGCUUUGAUUUCAAAAUGAAUAAAACAUUUGUCGAUUAAUCAAUGUUUUGAAACAGCAGUGUCUUUCAGUCACGAUUUCUCCUAUGAUGAUUGAGUGUGAUGGCGUUGCGGUAACAGAGAUAAACAAAUUUGACGUUUGUUGACAAGAUUGUUUUUGUUACAACAGAGUGAAAAUUACACGAGAAAACGAAGUGAGAAGGAUUACAAAUGUUGCCAAGCGAUACCAGAAAGUUGGUAAGACACAACAUUUCUCAUCGAGCGUUGCGUGACAAAUAUCCCAGACUCAAAUCUGCCCUCUUGAGAAGCAACUUUUGUUUACCAGGCGAUCAAAUUGCGGCAGUCUUAUUGUUCGUGACAACUAACACGCCUUUCCUCUAUGUUGGAUUUUUAUUGGCUUUCAGUGCAUUUUUUCUUGAUAAGGAUGUCCUAUAGGAGAGCGAGAUCCCAAAAUAUUCGGCAUUCAGUUUAACGGAGCGGUUCCUGUGUCAAAGGGGUGCAUUGGCACAAAAUAGUGUGAGAACUAUUCGGGCUGAACAGAUUGGUGCGUGUCGAGCGCAAGAAGAUUAACAUCCCUCUCUAAACCUCUAGGGAUCAAAUCAACAAAAAUGGACGUAAGAAUCACACACUUGACGCCCUAUUAUGUAUCUCUGUCCAUCAGCUUUAUGUAUGAAGUAUAAACAUGAAUAAUUCAAAAACUAUUUGAUUGGUCGCGGCCUGAAUACAGAAGACAGGUUGGACGAUCUAUAUAUUCCCGUCGAUUGGCGGGCUCGGGGCGUCUUUUCUUGAAGCUUCCAACUACAAAGCGACUAAGGUAGCUUGUAGUUGUCUCUCAUAAGUUGACACUUUUAUUAUCCUUGUAGAUCGACACCAAAAUGCCCGAUACAGAUCCCACGGCCUCGGAUGCCGAGUGGAAAAAGAUUCAACAAAACACGUUCACAAGAUGGUGCAACGAACAUCUGAAGUGUGUUAACAAAUACAUUUACAAUCUGGAAACAGACUUAGCCGACGGGUUAAAGCUUAUAGCCUUACUGCAGGUCCUCUCGCACAAGAAAAUCGCUAAAUACAACAAGAAGCCAUCGUUUAGACCUCAAAAAAUGGAGAACAUUUCCAUAGCACUCAAGUUUAUCGAGAGCGAGAACAUUCGACUUGUAAAUAUCGGUGAGUACAACUACCUCCCUAUUCAAUCUUUUUUUGCAUAAAUGCAGCUAAACGUGUUCGGUAAUUAUUCCUUAUAAAUGAAUGCAGAAUUCCAUUCUGCAAAAUCUUUACGACCACCACUAGUGUUACAUUCUCUCGUAUGAGUAUUUGUCUUGCUAUUUGUGGCAUAGGACCUUUUAAACUCCGCUAUAGACAAACAACCUUAACAUAGUCAAUAUUUUUGAGCUGGUUUUUGAUCGGGUCGAUGGAAUCUUUAAAACAGAACAGUCAGAUAACGCUUUUGUGAGUGCCAUAAAUAUGGGUUGACUCGGCGUUACAACCACACUACCAUAUUUAGUCAUUUCUGCCUACUUCAGACAUUACAAGAAAUAAUGCAGACUGUUCAAAUUUGCUGUUGUCUAACAGAGCGGUCGUUUUUGGCCGUUUCGUCUGUUUGUUCGACUGCGACCGCGAGGAAAGCACGCCGAAUGAUUUAUCGCCGAAGACAAUUAGUAUUAUUUUGGUUAAAGCUGGAAAAAUUUACCAAAGCUUUCGUUCGUGUGUGCCAUGAAGCCAGGGCGUUCACCAGAUCUUAGCACGCAAAUUUUUCAAAGGACGUAAUUGUACUUGCAACUAUCUUCAGGCUGACUUAAAUUUCUGAUGUGUAUCUGCGGUUUUUUUGUCAGAUUUCUGAAUGCUUGCUUGUCUUUCAAAUAAAUGCCGAAUUCUUUUGAACUCUUGAGGUCGCGAUCAACUAUUCGAUCGUGUGUUCCAUUCGACUAGCUUGUCGAUUUCCUUUGAAAUCUUCUCAUAGAGCGCAAAUUUAAUUAUAAAAUCACACUAUCACAACCAAGAAAACUUGCACAAUUGGAAGUGCUGGUCUGCCAGUCGUAGCAAUCUUACAAAAAAAUUUCACUGUUUAUUUAAUGUCUGGUUUCGUAAGUUUAAAGAGUGUCAGUUUUCUUGUUUCAAAACCUACGAGUAAUCGUUUACUAUUCAGCUCAACUCAUGUAAACAAGAAGUGAGAGUUGACCAACAAUUAAUCUCUCGAAACUUCUGGAUUAAAGUUUAUCGUUUAAAACGGUGAUUUAGCGUACAAUUUACGACAUCGAUCACAAAUAAGGUAGAAAUGAGUUGUUUGAUGCACUGCAAAUUAUGAAACUCCAGCGAAUACUAGUAAUAUCUGCAGACAUCUUGGGGGUUCGGCCGCACUCAUCCAUGUUAGAUUUAAAAUUCAAAUACAAAAUUAACUCAUGCAUGAAACCUAGCGUUUCGCAAGUGUAUGAAUGCAUUUCCUCCCCGCCUUUUUUACUCUGGGCUUAAAAUAAAACCAAGUAAUGGAGUCGACUGCCAGAUUUUUAUUCACUGGAUUUAUCCGGUAAAUGGACAAUUAAACCUCAAACAUGACUAUGCAAUUAUUUACAAACACAAUGUAACUACUGGAGUCUUCUUUGACAGAAGUUUAAUGAAUGAUCUUUCAAGAUAUCUUUAAACACAAUAAAAGUGCAAUUACCUUUGUUAAUAAUCUGUUUGGAAUUUCAAAUGGAAUCUCGGACUUGUUUCAUUUAUUUCGAUCUGAAAUACCACAAAAGUUUGGUCUCAAUAACUUGAAUAAACUUGCUGUGAUCAGCUGAACAUCAGCAUUGUUUGUUGGCUAAACAUAUGUUUCAAAAGUCAAUUAGAGAAGUAUCAUGUUGCAUGCUUUCAAAAUAUUUCUCUAGCUUUUUGAAAGUUGAAUAACCCCUUUUACAUUUUGAGAGUGAUUAACUUAAAACUUCUCUUUACUGACUGAAUGCACUCUCAAGCAAGGAGGUUAUGAGAAUAGGUAAAAUUAAAAAAAAAAGGUAUAUUUUCGGGAUAGAACUUAAAUUUCCCAAGGACAACCAAGGGCAGUUGUGCAUUUGUCCAUUAGAAAAAAAUAAGCUUUCAUAACUUGGGAAUUAAAGGGUUGCAUGAUGAGAAACACACCCCUUUAAAGCCACAGCUUUUGUUUAUGCUUGUCAGUACUGUAUAUUACUUCAGAAAGUUUUGGUAACAAUAUCAUAAAAUGUGAAUUUCCUUAUGGAAUACAUUGCUUAAGUAUUGACAUUUCAUGCAAGAGACAACUGAACUUUCAAGAGUGUGGACCCUUUGAGUGUCCAUUAGUAUCUAUUGAAACUGAAAAAGAGAAAAAUUUGCUAAAACCACAAAGUUGCCUGAGGUGGAAAUUUUUAUAGAUAAGCAAACAAACAAAAGGCAAAGACUUCUCUAUCUAAUCCUAAAAACUUGAAGCCAAAUUUUGAAAGAGAAAAACUGAAAACUGCAGUGGAUAUCUAAAUUGAAAAGCUGAGAUUUGUGAAAAACAUGAUAUAUGAAGCCCUCCUCCUUCUUGAAGCUUGUCUUCUUGAAGUUUGUGAACAAUAUCAAUGAAUAUUACGAAACAAAUUGUUUGAUAUCCUUAAAUUGAUAAAUCAAUAUUCUAACAAUUGACUUUGAUGCUUCUAGGACACAAUACGUGUAAAAUUGGAUGUGCUUCCUUUUUCCAAAAACUUCUAGAAGAUACUUGAAUUCAAAUUAGGAGGAAGUUUGUGUGAAAUUAUGAAUAUCUCAUUAGAGAAAAAAGGAAAACCAAGACAAAAAUAGCCUCAUAAUUUUUUUAGGUGUCUGGUUUGACUGGUUACCCAUAAAAUAGUGUUUACCACAAUAAGAAAACUGCUGAUCUUGCAUUACUUUUGGGAGUUUGAAGUCUAAACUAGUUCCAAUGAUGUUAUUGUGUUCUCAUGUUUUUAUUUUCUGUUUGCCAUCAUAGAAUACUGUCAGUAAUAAAUAUAGUCUGCAACAUUUUUCAAAUGUUAUAUCAUUUCAUAUCUCUGAGAUAUGCACUGUCAAAAAUAAUUUUCUGGUAUCUAUCUAUCUUACCCACUGUAAAACUAAGAGACAGCUUUACAACACAGACAUUCCUGCAAUGUUGUAAAGAGAAAGGGAAUUUUUUCCUUUUUGUGUGGGUGAGGUUUUUCAUAGUUUGUAUGGUAAUACUGUUGCAUAAUUUAAUAUCUUUAUGAGAAAAUUGUAUCAAUUUCUAAUCUUCAUUCUUAGUAAUUGGUUUAAAAACAUCUUGGAUCACAGCCUUAAUGUUAAUCUUCUUAAAGUGUUUCAUUCAUUUACUCCUUUUGAUUAUUUUUAUUGUAAUUCUGUUUGUUUGUUUUGGCUCUAAUAUUUUUGUUAUCUUGCCUUCUACAAUUUCAAAAUUGCUAGAGGUAAGUAAUUUUUUCUUCCUCAAUACUGAGAAAAGAUUUAAAUUCAAAAUUUCAACCAAGCUUAAUUGAGAGGUGCUAAUAAUAUCAAUUUCUAACUACUGCAGUCCUUAAUAACUUGUUACAUAAAAACCUUGGUGUUAAUAGUGGGGAUUUUUUUCUUGAAUUCCCUGCAUAAUUAAUUUUUUCACACAUCUAAGUAAUUAACACUUGUUUUCCACUCUUUGAAGAGAACUUUGAUCGUCUAAUUACCCAAAGUGAGCUCUUGAUACUUUUCAUAUGUGACCUCAUCGCAUGUUGUUUAUCCCUUGACAACUGAAAGAAGAAGUCACGUUUUGGUUUUGUUUCCUUUUUAAUAGAAUUCAACUUUAAGAAUUAAAUGAUGUUGGUGUUGUGUACCAAUGUUUCUUGAUUACAUAUUUCAAGAAAUUAGUUUUCUUUUAAAUUACAAAACUAAGCACUCACUUUCAAUUGACUUUGGUAUUAUGUUAUUUGUUGAACUCUGCUAACCUACGUUAAUUUAAGACUUAAAGCAUAAGUUUCCUUUGUGAAUGGAGCAUGUUUAGUUUUCUGAUGGCAUUAAACAGAUACAAUGCCAUUUAAAGAAUUGAACCAUGAAAUUAAUAAUUGGUAUUUUGUUUACUUAUUAAUCUUAAACCAGGACAUUCUUCUCUGUGAAGAAAAUUCUAAAAACCCACAGGUUCCCUGGCGGGGAAUCCAUGGUCUUUGGAGCUUGUUGUACAGUUAAAAAACAAUCUUGUUUUGUCAUUUGAAAGAUAAAAGCUAAGCAUCAGUGGGUAGGCAACCUUAGUAUUGUUACACUUAACCAAACUCUGCAUGAAAAACAGUAUUACUCAAAUUAAUUUCAAUAGCUUUGGGAACUAAUAAAGCUAUCUAUUUUUACACUAAUUUCAAAUUAAAGCUCCAUGGUUAUAUUUCAUCAAGAAAAUUGGUUCACUUGACUCCACUUAAGAUUAAGAACAUAUUUUUCAUUCCAUUUUCACAUGUGCUAAACUAUUCAGCUCUAAGGUGUCUGUUCAAUCAAACCGUAGUGAUGGCUGUAAGGAGGACUAUUUCAGGAUGAAUUCUUGUUAAAUGUACCACAAAUAAUGCACUAUUGAGCAGGACAAGUCUUAUUAACACCUUUUUUUGAGGCCUAAAUAUGUGUAGUGACCUUGAUUCAGGAAUCAAAUUAUGCAAGUGCCAACAAAAUUCAGACGUGAUGGUAUUCAGGAAUGUAGGACUUGAAAUAGAAGACCAUAUCAUGUUUUCUGUAAUUAAUGUCUAAACAUAAAUAAAAGUUCGAAUUGAAGAUUAUUAUUAUUAUACUUUGAUUUUUGAGGCAUAGCUGAAUGAAUAAGAUAUAUUCCCAAUUAAAAUUGUUUUGAAGGUUAUUUCACCAAUUGGUCGUACUGAGACAGUUUAAAAAUGAUGUUAAUAAAAUCACUGUUUUUAUGCUCUUAAAAUAUAAUUUCUUUUAGUACAACAUUAUCAAUAAGUCGUGAAUAUCAAAGUGAUCUUAAUCAACACUACUUUAGCAGUAGUGAAAAUAAGGCCUGAAAGAAAAAAAUUCAGGCCUGUACAGGAUAUGAACCCAUGACCUCUGCGAUACCGGUGCAGCGCUCUACCAACUGAGCGAACAAGCCAACUGGGUGCUGGUCAUUAUGUGGGUUCCAAAUAAACCUGUGAAGUGGUGAAUAAAUGACUUUGAAUAUAUCAAAGUCAUACAUUUGAACUGCAGAUAAACGAAUUGUUUCUGUCUUAUGAAUUCUCCUUGCUAGACCUUGUUAGUUUUUUGUAGUAUCAGUAGAUAAAUUUUAAUUACUAAGAAAGGUUCAUAGAAACUAAUAAUAGUGCUUGGAGUAAUAGCAGCUAUCAUUCCAAAAUAUUUAAUUUUUUUGUCCUUUUCCAUGACAGAUGCCAGUGAUAUCUUUAAAGGAAAUAUCAAAUUGAUUCUGGGUCUUGUAUGGACAUUAAUUCUCAAGUAUCAAAUCAGCAUGCCAUAUCUUGAUGAUGAUGAUGAUGUGGGUGAAAAAAUGACCCCAAAACAAGCACUUCUUGCAUGGGUCAAAAGCAAGAUGCCCGAGUCUGUUCCUAUGGACAAUUUCAACAAGGACUGGAAUGAUGGCCGAGCUGUUGCUUGUCUAGUGGAUGCUGUAGCUCCUGGCCUUUUCCCAGAAUGCGAGGAUUUGGAUCCAGCAGAUCGACUUGAAAAUGCAAAAGCUGCAAUGCAGGCAGCAGAGGACUGGCUUGGUGUACCACAGGUGAGGAAUAUGAGAGGGGAUGUGGACAGACUUCUUUGUCUGUAACCCUUUAACUCCCAAGAGUGACUGGCAUCUAAUUUCUCCUCACCAUAUCACCCCUGAAUCAAACAUUAAGGUCAGGAGAAUAAAGAAGCUGAUCACUGACUAAAGAAGAUCUUGAUUGUUGGACAAAUUCCCCAUGUUGGUAUCUAAGGAAAUGUUAAGAGAACUGUGUGGAGAAUAUACAUUCUGAUGUUAGGGUGUAAAGGGUUAAUUGGUGAUAUCCUUAUUCUUGGUAAUUUAGUGUUAUCAACUGAGUUGGUAAUGUAAAUUGGCCACUGUAAAGAGUUUCAAGCUGACAUUUUGUGUUCAAUGAAAGGCUUAUGCUUGAAAUGUCAGCUUUGAAACUCUUUACAGUGGCCAAUUUGCAUUAUCAACUCAGUUGCUAAUACUAAAUUACCCUGUUAUACUCUCUAAUAAAGUCCUGGUGCUUGAUUCUGCAUCUUAAAUGUACUAUUUCCUUGCAAAUAUACAGGUUAUUACACCAGAAGAAAUUACCAACCCAAAGGUGGAUGAGUUGAGUGUUAUGACAUAUGUCUCAUACUUUCCUGAGGCAAAACUCAAACCUGGUGCUCCUCUGCGCACCAGAACACAUCCCUCAGCAAAGUGUUUUGCCAAAGGUCCUGGUGUGGAGCCUAAAGGCCUUGUCGUAAAGAAACCAGCCAAUUUCACGGUGUUCACACAAGGUGCAGGAGUAGGAAAGUUGGCCGUGUCAGUUUGGGGACCAGGCAAGGUUGAAGAGGAAGUUAUUGUACAGGAUAAUGGAGACCAUACCUACUCAUGUCAGUACUUCCCACAGAAACAAGGUAUCAUUGUUAGUUCCAUAAUAUCAAUGCAUGAUGCUUUUGUUAGAGAUCCAUUAUUAAUUAUUCCCUGUGGGGGCAAGGAUUUCAGGGGGGGAUCACAUGACUUUCAUAGAGAAGGGAGAGGAGAUUGGUCAUCACUCAUCACCAACAGAGUAUAAAGGAGGGACUAGAGAAAAUUGACACCUGUCAUCCAAUUAACUCCCCAUUAAGAGGGGGGAAUAAAAAAAAUAUCACAAGGCCUUAUGGGGGGAUGGCAGGGCAUGGCAGGUUGCUUUAAAAUUACUUAUAGUUUCCCAUGGCUUAAAAAAUUUGGUCCUAAUCAUGGACAUACUCUGAAUUUUUUUUGCCCUAUCAGGAAAAUAUGAUGUGCAUGUCAAAUGGAAUGGCCGGCAUAUUCCCAAGAGUCCAUUCCGAGUGGAAGUUGGUCAAGACCUUGAUGCCAGCCAAGCUUAUGCUUCUGGUCCAGGAUUGCAACCUGAAGGAAUUCAAGCCGGCAAGUACACAGACUUCACAGUAUACACAAAAGGAGCAGGUGAAGGACAGGUGUCUGUCAAAGUGAUUGACCCCCGUGGUGGAGAAGAUGUUGACAUUAUUAUUGAACCACAAGAAGAUGGCCAGUUCUUUGUAGAAUACCAACCAGUUAAUGCUGGAAAACACACCAUUAAAGUCAUGUUUGGAGGACAGCCCAUUAGCAAGAGCCCUUUCAAGGUCAUGGUCAGUCCGCCAAGAGUUGAACCAAUCCCAUCCAAGGUUCGAGUGUUUGGCGUAGGUAAGCUUCUCCAAAUGUUUUCAGGUUUAAGCCCUCAUACAAGUUAAACUACCCUUAUAUAAGAAAAGUGUUUCAAAUAUCAGCUUCACAUUCAUCAAUAUGUGAAGCACUAAGGAAGUUUGGAGAGCAGUUAAGAAGCUCUUGGCUACACCUCAAGCAACUCUAAUCCAUCUUCUGUAUUCUCCAAACUUGCUGGAUGCUUUACAUCUUGAUAAAUGAAUACUGAGUUGUAAAUAUAAAUUAUUGAUUGGUAAAAAUUGGUUAAUUAUUAUUAUUGUUGUCAAUGAAUGGAAAUAAGCUAUGUGGGAAUUGUAGGAUAUUAGUCAACCAGUUGUGAGAAUGUAAUAGUAUUUCAUUAUGUUGUGACACCAAUUUAAAAUGACAGUGUGAAUUAGUUAGGUUACAAAGUGUACAUUCUUUACUCUUUCAAAUAGGUGUAGAACCAUCUGGCUUGAAGGCUGGACAAAGAGCACCCUUCACAGUUGAUGCUAAAGCAGCUGGUGAUGGGGAACUUGAUGUGUUUGUGGAGGGUCCCCUCGGAGAAGAAAAAGUGGAUGUCAAGAAUAAUGGAGAUGGUACAUACUCUUGCUGUUACUAUCCUGGCAAAUUCGGAAAGUAUGUUGUCAGUGUCACCUGGAGUUCAGUUCAGGUUCCAAACAGUCCUUUCAAUGUUAAAGUGGCUCCUGCUGUUGAUGCCAGCAGAAUCAAAGCAUAUGGCCCUGGUCUGGAGAAAGGUAUGUUUCAUUUUCUCUGUCACUAAAUGUCAUUGUAAAAUAAAUUUAAAUAUUCUUAUGUUGUGAUAGUGGAUGCUGUGGCAUGAUGUCUGUUAUGCUGGAAAAGUAAACUGUGUUUGUUCAUCUAUCAGGCUGUUCUGUGGUUUCUGUGCUCAAAACUUUCAUUGUUUCAAUUUUUUCUUCUGAAGGAGACAUUAUUGUUACAUAGAUAAGAUCAAUAGUUCACACAUUAGAUCAGUUCUUACUUAUUAUCCAUUGGAAAAUGACACAUAGAUGUCUUCACCAUUGGCCACGUUUUUCUUCUUUAUCAUGUAAAACAAGUAGAUUCAACAUAGCUUCAUGUCUUGUAGUAAUGGAUCACAAAAGAUGUCAGUACAGUUAGAACAUCAGUGACACACUUGGCUGCGCCUUGUGUGCCACUUUUUUGUUAUAACCACAUUUGGACCUCAUCUGCGAUCUAUUACAGAAUAGACAGAUGGCAACAUGGAAUCUAUUUGUUCAACUGUUGACAUGCUUUGAAAUCUUUUUGACUCCUUCUCAAAAUAUUAACCUGUAGUAAUGGUCUAGACUGGAUUUUACUCUUAGAGGAUUAACACCAGAUAGAUAGGAUGAUUAACUCAGACCCUGACUUUUUUUAGUAGUAAAAUAAGUAAUAAAGAAAAAAAAAACAUGAGGGGCAAAAUAUUUACGCUGCACUUAUAUUCUGAUUUGUCUGGUCAAUAAAUAAUCCUAACUUUUGGUUUUUGUGAGGGUAGGAGAACCAGAUUACUUGGCAAAAAUCCUUAUACCCUUUUACUCCCGUGAGUGACCCAGACAGAAUUUCUUCCUACAAUAUCACUACAAUAUCAAGCAGACAUUGAUGUAAUGAAACUAAAGAAAAGUAUUAAUUAGGGUAUUUCAAGUUGAUCCAAAGUCAAAUUCUCCAAACUAACAUCAUAAGAACUCUAUGGCAGAUGGUAAGGAGAAUUAACAAUAACCUUUACACCUCAACAUCAGUAUGUAUAUUCUCUAUACUGUUUUCCAUACAUUUCCUGAGGUGCUGACAAAGAGAAUUUGUUUAACAAUCAAGGGCUUCUUUAGUGGUGAUCUUUUCUUUUUUCUUGUGACUUUAAUGUUUGAUUUUGGAGUGAUGUUAUGAAGAGAAUUUAAAUGCUAUUCACUCUUAGAGGUUAAAGGGUUAAGUGCUUGAUCCCUAUGAGUAGCUUUGAGUUAUGUUAACCCUUUUAAAACUUUCUCACAGGUACUGCAGGAAAACCAUGUGAGUUCACUGUAGAAACAAAAGGAGCUGGAAUCGACAGCCUGGGAUUUGCUAUUGAGGGUCCUUCACAAGCUGAAAUCCACUGUCAAGAGAAAUCCCCUGGCAUCUGUGAUGUGAAAUACUACCCAACUACACCUGGGAAGUAUGCCAUACAUGUUACAUGUGGAGAUGAAGACAUUCCCAAGAGUCCGUUCAUGGUACCAAUAUCACCUGCAGGAGAUGCUAAGAAAGUUUAUGCUGAAGGACCUGGACUGCAACCUGAGGGUGUUGUUUCAGGUACGGACACAUAGCUUUCAGUAGCAAGUGUCUCACUAGGGCAAGUUAACAUUACAAGCCCUUGAUUGUUUAUUCCACCAGCUAUGUUUGAUUUAGAGUUAGAGUGGAUGGUGGGGGAAAGGGGCAAGGAAGGGCCCCAACCCUCCCUCUACUUCCUUUUGACUGUCCGUCACCCCCUAUGUAAAAUUUUUUUCUUCCCCCAGCUAUCCUCUGCUGUAAAAAUCAAAGAUGGUAGCAAUAAUUUCCAUCAAGAAAAUAUUGAGCACUGCCUUGCUGAAAUUACACCUGUUUUGCAGGCCAAGCUUUCAGUUUCGUGUUGGACUCCACAUUGCAAAGUCCACGUGAAAGCUUUGACCAAGGCCACUGUGUUGUGCUCUUAGGCAAGACAAUAUUCACUAGAAAUUUGAUUUUUAUAAGGAAACCUGACAAAUUUUGGGGGUUUUACACAUGUUCCAUUGUUUAUGAUACUUAAAGAUAACCUCCCGUUAGACAACCAGAUUUUAAGAACGAUUGGCAAAAAACUAAAACCAUGUGGUGUAAGAAACUACAUCUAACCGUCUAAGAACGUGUAGGGAUGUCUAAGGUAUUAGGUCAAUCGUUGUCGCCUCGGUGCGAGAGUUUUUCACCUACCUCAAUCACAGAAGGAAAGAUGAUUCAAUUGCUUCCGAGAGGCCACAUCUCAAUCGUAGUGAGCUAUGGCUGAAGCAAAAAAAGCUUUGUGACUUGAAUUCCUAAUAUGAUUUUAUGAAGCAUUAGUGUGUCGGAGCCGUAAAAAAAUGAGGAGAUUUGGGGCCAAUUUUCGAAAAUGUUUCGAUCUUACCUGAUUUACUACGAUGAUCUCACGAGCCUUUUCCGAAAAUUGUGCACCACUGUCUUUACUUGCCGAGUUCAAAUAUUCCACUGGAAUGAUUUAAGAGGACUCGAAGAAAAAUUUAGGAAUUAUCCUUACUGAGGUUUGUUUGUUUGCGCAGGUGUGGGAGCUGAAUUCACAAUUUUCACGAAAGAUGCCGGGGAUGGUGACGUCGAUGUGAGAGUAAUUGACGGUAACGGUAAGAAAGUUCCCGCAGACAUCACUGACAACAAAGAUGGCACCUAUUCAGUAGUCUACUACCCUACAACUGUUGGUGCAUACACCGUCAACAUCACUUUUAAUUCCGAAAGUAUUCCCAAGAGUCCCUUCCGGGUAAACGUUUGCCAGACCAACUCCAAAGUCUGCCGUGCCUAUGGACCAGGUCUGGAGAAGGGCUUUGUCAAUCAGAACAAUGAAUUUAAGAUUGAGACGAAAGGAGCUGGUGAAGGUGGCCUGGGUCUGACUAUCGAAGGACCUUCAGAGGCACAGAUUGAAUGUAAAGAUAAUGGCGAUGGAUCAUGUGACGUUACCUACCUGCCCCCAGACCCCGGCGACUAUGUCAUUAACAUCUUGUUCGCGGACGAGCACAUUCCUGGCAGCCCUUUUAAAGCAAGAAUUUCAUAUCCGUUUGACCCUACCAAGGUUAAAGUUGAAGGACCAGGAAUUGAGCCCGGGGUACGUGCGGGUGAGCCAGCGGAUAUUGAUAUCGACACACGCUUGGCAGGAGACGCAGAACUUACAGUUGAAGCCGUAGAUGAGUUGAACAGUCCAGUUCAGUGUGACAUUGAUGAAGAGGAGUACGGCAUUUAUGCUGUAACGUACUAUCCGAAAAAGAAAGGUAUGGUGCCCUUUCCAGCGAAUCUGCGUUUGCACAAGAUGAACUGAUCUCGCGUUUUCCCGCGUCUCACAGCCGUCUCAUCAUUGUUCUUAUUUUGAUUUAUCAGGCAACCACAAGGUUAGCGUCAAAUACGGCGGAAAACAUGCGCCUGGAAGUCCAUUCAAGGUUGCUAUCUCGCCCAAGUCUGACGCUUCCAAAGUGAAAGUGAGUGGGCCUGGGGUCGAGAAAACCGGUGUUCAACCUGGCAAACCCACGUGGUUUACUAUCAACGCCUCUGAGGCUGGCAAAGGAGAUGUUCAAGUAAAAGUGGAGCCUGUCGGUAAGUCUCUCUCUGUGUUAAGUUUGAGGACGAAUCACAGCAGGGCGUAGGCGAGGAGGGUCCAAGGGGAGCAAUUUGCCCCGAUUUUGUCUCGAUUAUUUUAUAAAUAAAAAAUGAUAUGAUAUUAUAUCAAAUGCCUGUAAGACCCUUGCAAAGAAUUUUAUUUGCUGGUAAACUUUGCCUGAAUCUCAAGUUUGCUUCUCACCACUCUCUGAAGUCCGAUCUUCGUUCCUGUACCCUUGGAAGAAGAGGGGGAGGUCAUUUGCUCAUCAGCGACUGCAGCUUUAUUCGUAAAACUUCUCGGUUAAGAAUAAUAAGUAGGACGGAGUUGAAGACACUUUCAUUUCUCUAAUAGGACGUGGGCGUCCUGUGGAAGUAAAGGUGACUGAAGAUGGAAAAGAAACAUUCACCUGCGAGUAUGUGGCCCCUGUGGAAGGAGCAUAUCAGGUUGAUGUGAAAUUUGAUGGUGUUGCUGUACCUGGAAGCCCCUUCCCUGUAGAUGUUGCGAAGCCUGGCGAUGCAGGAAAGUGCAAGGCACAAGGCGAUGGAUUGGAAACGGCAAUCAUCGAUCAAUUAGCCGAGUUUGACGUGGACUGUACAUCUGCCGGUGAGUUUAUUCAUACAGGCACUGUUAGCGUGCAAAGUUCCCAUCGAAGUUCUUUCUGGAUAUGACAUGGCCGUCUUAGUCUCUCGAAAAGUUCACGAUUUUAUAUCAUAAACGAGAUGUAAAGGAGUAGUAUGUGGGUGUUCUACCUUGAAAUUACGAUAAAGUCUUGAAAAAACGAAGGAAUUGAGGGGAAGACAACUGUUGUCUUGGAAAGAAAAAGCAAUGUUUCUUUUAGAAUCAUUAACGCUGUCAAUGUGGGGCGGCGGUGGGGUUAACUUCCACAGAUGCAUGUAUGGACGUAGCGCUCUUCACUUUAAACUUGUCUGUGUUUUGGAAGUGAUGUGACUAUUGGAGUAGGGUGGGGUGAGGUUUGGGUGGCACAUGGCAAAAUCUGUUCUCAAUUAUGUCUCCUGUGUGAAAACCUAGGAAUUUUCUGGCUGUACUCCUGGUUAAUUCUUGCCAUUUUGUGUCUGUUUAUCAUCAGGAGAGGGACAGCUAAUGGCCGCAGUGGACAAUCCAUCUGGAGCGCACACAGACACCUUGGUAACAGAUAAUGAAGAUGGCACAUAUUCUGUUUCAUACACACCUUUUGAGGAAGGAAUUCACACACUGAGCGUGAAGUUUGGUGAUGAUCACAUCCCUGGCAGCCCUUUUAAGGUAAGAUGGCGAAGACUUUGUUAACAGUCUUUCUUAGAGUGAAGUCUGCGCUUCAGGCCAACCCCAGGGCCGCGGUUCUUUUAAAGAUCCACUGCAAAGCUUGCAAUUCGGAAUUUUCUCUUUUCUUCAAAUCAGGUUGAUGUUCUUCCACCGACGGACCCAAGCAAGUGCAAAGCUUAUGGACCCGGCUUGGAGAAGGCAAACGUGGGCCGCCCCGCUGAGUUUACUGUAGAGACCAAAGGUGCCGGAGCUGGAGGCCUCAGCUUGGCCAUUGAGGGACCCUCUGAGGCAAAACUGACUUGCAAUGAUCAUGGUGAUGGAACAUGCUCUGUGAAGUACACCCCCACAGAGCCCGGCGAUUAUGAGAUCCACAUUAAGUUCGCUGAUGAGCACAUCCCUGGAAGUCCCUUUAACGCUAAGGUUUGUAUGAUUUAAGGGUUAACAACUCUAUUUGAAAAUUACCCCUUAAUUAUUCUGUUCAGGUUAAUUACCACACGGAAACAAUGCAUCGCAGUCUAUCGAUUUACACGCUGCUAGAAGGACCUAUGGGAACAUUAUUUCUAGUCCCGAGGGUGUCCCUUCAUUAGAUGUUCCCCGUAGAAUCAUCGUUUCGGAACAAGGUCGUUACAAAGCAAGAAUUAUACCUUUCCAUGAAGUGAACAUAUACCAACACAAUAACGAUGUGGCCAAUUUUUCUUAAACUGAGUCAAUUCUUUUAACUUUACAGGUCACCCGCCCAGUUGAUGCAAGCAAAGUGAAGUGUUACGGACCCGGAGUGGAUCGUGUCAAUCCAUUGUUCUCCAAGGCGCCCCAGGAAUUCACCAUAGACACUACCGAGGCAGGGGAUGCUGACCUGGAGGUGACUGUGGAGACACCUGAUAGAAAGACGCUGAAGCCCGAGCCUGUGUCUGAGAAAGGAGAUGGAGUCUAUACAGUGGCUUAUACACCCGAGGAUGAAGGUGAGAUUCAGUUGUACCGUGAUGUUCUGUAAACAACUACAACGAUGACGUUGACUACAAGUUGCCCCACCCCUCCCUCCUCCUUCCUUUAGACCUUUAGACUUUAACUUGCUCACCCCCCUUAAUAAAAUUUAUUUCUCCUCCCAGCGUUCCGCAGCUGUAAAAAUUAGAGAUGGCAGCUAUAAUUUUCACUAGGAAAGUACUGAGUACUCGCGUGCCAGAAUUGCGCCUGUUCUGCAGGUUUCUUUUCUUUUGGCCUCGUGAGCUAUUCAGUGAAUACAUUUUUAUAUACCUGCGGGCAGUAUGGUUCUUUCCCUGAUGUGUAUUGCCAGUUCCAGGCCCUUAGUCGGUGGAGGCAAAUGAAAGAGCGAGCGGACAACCAAAGGCGGUUGGGCUGGUUGGGCUGGUUGGGCUGGUUGGGUUUACUUUCCGCACUACAUUGAAAAUUGCUCUAAGGUUUGAAUAGUCACCAAGUGGCUACCAUCAAAAUUAUUUUCUUGUGGUCAGGUCGUUACACUGUCAAUGUCAAGUACGGAGACAAACAUGUCCCUAACAGUCCAUUCCGUGUUCGUGCCGGUCCUCCGUUUGAUGCCAGCAAAGUGAAGGUAUCUGGACCCGGAGUGGAUGAGUCGCCCCUCACGGAUGAACCUGUUCAGUUCCUUUGUGAUUGCACUGAGGCUGGAAUAGCUCCUUUAACAGGUAUGAGAUUUUUGUGAGACUUUAUCCCCAUACACCCUAACGUCAGUAUGCAUAUUCUCAAUACUGUUCCCUAUACAUUUUCUAAGGUGCUGACAAGGAGAAUUUUUUGAUCAAGAGCUUUCUUGUUGGUGAUCAUUUCCUUUACUGUUGUUACAACGCUUGACCUAUUUUCCUUUCAAAGGCCCACAGAGAGAAAAAAACCACCAUUUUUAGUGAAAGGGUGGUUCAAAUUAUUUCAUCCAUAUCGCACUGACUCUAUUGCUUCCAAAAUAUCCAAUAGCUUUUUUUUACCAAUGACUCUCCUUUUGAUCGUAUUUCAGCUUCUGUAGCGCCGCCUACCGGCCCUGAUCUGGAAGUGGAUGUCAAAGACAACGGAGACGGAACAUAUUCUGUCGAGUAUGUACCUGAGCGACCAGGCCGCCACAGUGUGGAUGUCAAGUAUGGAGGAAGGAGAGUACCAAAGAGUCCAUUUAGAGUCCAGGUUAAGCCGAGUGGAGACGCAUCGAAGGUAGAGAUUGAUGGAUUGGGACCUGAUGAUACUUUCUUGGUGGGCAAAGAGAAUGACUUUACUGUGGAUUGCACAAAAGCUGGGAAAGGUCAGUCAUUUGGAAUAAAGCUUUUCAAGAAACACUUUUUUUUCACUCGUCAAACGUUGUGCGCUGCACCACUUGGUUGUGAAGGGCGUAGUUUUCCGCAUCCUAGGUCUAUUUGUUACGAAGGCCGAUUGGCACUAACCCAGGGUCAAAUUUUGAUCCAGGUUUUUUUAUUCCUUUUUCCAAAGCCUUUUCGGGUAAUUUUCUGUAUUCUUUUAAGAGCAUUCAAUCUUCAAAUUUACAAAAAGUAAUUGUAUUGAAUUCCCUUCAAACUUUUUAGUUCUGAAGUCAUGUUUCACGCUAACUCCGGGUUAUCUUAACCCAGCUUUGAUCAUUCCGGCACAAAAAUAUAUUAUUAGCUUAGAGACUGGACCCGAAGCACUCUAAUUAACUUACGCUUAGCACAACUCCAAGUUUUCUUGAAAUUGAGAAUGACUCCUUCAUCAUGUAGGCGUUCCCAAGUGUUCCAUCAGAGGACCUAGAAGAAAGGAUAUUCCUGUAAAAAUGCUCGAUAAUGGUGAUGGUACAUUCGACUGUCUCUUCGUGCCAGAAGACGAGGGUCGUCAUGAUGUGGAGGUCCUUUAUGGCGGUGCCCCUGUGCCCGGCAGCCCCUUCUCAGUGAAAGCUAAAAAACCUGUGGAUGUUGACAAGAUUAAAUGCCAGCCUAAGUUAGAUAAAGAGCCAAUUGUGGACGAGGAAAUUGUUUACGCGGUCGAUACGCGACCAACCGAGUCAGCACCCGGUGAAGGGCUGUUAAACGGCUCCUUACUUACACCUUCUGGUGAGAAAGAACCCGUCCGAAUCAAAGAUAACAACGAUGGCACCUUCGAUGUGUCCUGUGUGCCCAAGGAGCCUGGACCUCAUGAACUGUCCGUGGAUUAUGACGGGGUACCUCUGGCCGGCAGCCCGUUUAAGUUUGACGCUGUCGAAGGAGGAGCGGACAAAGUGAAAGCUUACGGAAAAGGUAAAUGUCUUUGGUGAUAUGAUUAUCACCGGAAGUCCUUAAUCUCACACGCUUCAGGUGGAGAUGCUAUAGGGGUCGAAGCAAGAACAGAGGCGGGAGGGGAGGGGGUGUUAAAGGGCCUUUUCUACGGUUGCCAAAAGUGCGAAUGGCUUCCGUAUAGGCCAAAAGUAGGACUAAAGGGUUAGUCUCGAUAAGAGCCUUCUUAUACCAAGACGAUGAUGAAUUAUAUAAAUGAAAAAGUUGCAUGGGAAUUUUUCAAUUGAAAUCGUAAGCGGAUAAGGAGCAGCGUAUUUAUUAUAAUUACGUGUUAUGCUCACUUGCAGGAUUGGAGCGUGGUAUUGCUGGGGAGCCUUGUGACUUUACCAUUGUGACGAAAGACGCUGGCCCAGGUGGUCUCUCAUUGGCUGUUCACGGCCCCAGUAAAGCGGAGAUCACGUGCUCAGACAAUGGAGAUGGCACAUGCUCAGUUCAGUAUGUCCCCGAGGAACCUGGUAAGUUUUGGCCAAGUGCAGUUUCUCGCUCUUUUUCCCCAUGUAGGAAAUUGGAAAAGGAAGGAGGAUUAAAACAUCUUUGAGCAAUUGAUUUAAUUUUUUUACAUAGAAUAUAUAUAUGAAGAAUCAUUAUUGACCUCUGAAUGGUUGAUGAUUACCUGAUCUGCUGGGGUAGACUAGAAUGCAUACAGUUACGGAAAGUAUUUUUUCAUUCAGCCUGAAUAAGGAUUCAGGCAAUUAGUGCCAAACUGUGUAUGCGAGGCACGGUUUCAGGCGCGGAAAUGUUUUUGUUCCCUUACUUUCUGCAAUUGCUUGACUUUCAAAUUACCUGUGAGAAUCACUCGUCACUGAUUUCGUUUUUAAUGACGUUAUAUUGGACGUACAGAGGGGAUGGCACAACGGUUGAGCGCUCGCCUCCCACUGCUGUAUCCCAGGUUCGAUUCUUGGGAUAAAGGUGUCGUGUGUGGGUCGAGGUUGAUUUUCGUCCUUGCUCAGAGGGUUUUUCUCCAGGUCCUUUGGUUUUCCUCCUUACACAAAAACCAACAUUCCAAUUUCCAAUUCGUGAUAGUAGUGGACUAGAAAAGCCAUCUCGUGGAAUGUCCACUGCUAAUUCCCAUUAUUGUUCCCAUUAUGACCAAUUUCGCGGUUUCUUUUUCUGAUAUUUCGUUUUUUCUUUCUCUCAUUUUAGGUGACUAUGACAUCAGCUGUAAAUUCGCCGAUCAAGACAUUCCUGGCAGUCCUUUCACGGCACAUAUCUAUUCCAACUACGACGACCUCGAUGCAGCCGCUCUCCGUCCUACAGUCGGCAAACCAUGUGACGUAGAAUUGAACAUCCCGGAUUCAUUCCGGCCAGAGGACAUCGAAUCGGGCGUACUUGCCGCUGAACUCGAGAGACCAAACGGCCGCAAAGAGCCUUUGGAGCCACUUCGUGUCAACCCUGAUGGAACGUUAGCAGUCACAUUUAUCCCAUACGAACCCGGAGAGCAUUUGAUCCACGUGUACAAAAACAAGCGCGAAGUUCAGAACAGUCCAUUCUCAGUUAUGGUGCAGGCGCAACGUGUUGGCGACAUAUACCCUGUCGGGCACACUUGUGAUCUAGACUUUAAAGUACCCGAAGAUAUCAACGACCUUGUGGGAACUUUGAAACGCCCCAGUGGCAAAGUGGAAGAGUCCUUGAAGCUGCGACCUGGUCCAAAGCCUGGAACUAUCAGUGUGUCUUUCGUGCCAAGAGAAGUAGGAGAACACUAUCUGUCCAUCAGACGGAAAAAGGAUAACAGCCCUGUCGCUGGCAGUCCGUUCUCUAUUCUGGUGGAGUCAGAAGAGCCUGUAGAGGGGGUGGGCUGUCCCGUGGAUUAUUGCCUUAAAUUGGAUGAUGUCAAUCUCCCAGAAGACAUCGAAAAGAACAGAUUAAAGGGAACAUUGAAGAGGCCAUCGAGUGAUAGAGAAGAACCAAUAGAGUUAAAACUCAACUCAGACAACACACUUAGCUGCUCGUUUGUGCCGCGCGAGACUGGGCUUCAUUAUAUCAACAUUAAAAAGUACGGGAGACAUGUCGAGGGUAGUCCGUUCGUUGUCAAGGUGACCGCACCAGAAGGCGUCUCUAGUGUUGGUAAGCCCUACGGAAAAGGUCUCGAGAGUCCUGAUAUCGACCUGCCGAAAGAUUAUCCCCGGCUGAGCGCUGCUCUAAAGAGACCUUCCAGUCCUAGAGAAGAAGAACUCAAGCUUGUUCUCAAUGGAGACAACACCUUGGGAGUGGCAUUUACUCCUAGAGAAGAAGGUGAGCACUUAAUCCACCUCAGAAAGGAUAACAAGGACGUGCAGAACAGUCCUUACAGUGUGAUGGUUGGAGCCAAGGAAGAGAAGGUGGAAGAAGUCCACCCCAUGGGACGAACGUGUGAUGUAAACCUGGAUAUUCAAGGUGUCAAGCUGCCAGAAGAUCUGGAGAAAGAUUUGCUAAGAGGAUUUCUUAAACGACCAAACAGCACGAAAGAGGAGCCGCUUAAGCUCGAAAUCACAAGCGACAAUUCGCUGGGCGUGUCCUUCGUGCCUCAAGAACCUGGUGAACACCAGAUCAGUGUAAGGAAGAAGACACCAGAUAGAAACUGGCGCGACGUACCAGGAAGUCCUUUCUCCAUCAUGGUCGAAGCUGCUGAGGCCGUCAAAGCUGUUGGCACACCUUGCGAUUGUCUUCUGGACAUUCCAAAUCUACGUGUCCCAGAAGAUCUCGCCAGACUUAACGCAACGCUAAAGAGACCAACGAGCCGUAAAGAGGAACCCCUCAAGCUCAGAGUCACUUCAGAUAACAGCCCUUUCGUUUCGUUCGUUCCACGUGAGCCGGGUGAACAUCUGAUCAGCAUUAAAAAAUACGGCUCUCACGUAAAGAACAGCCCCUUCAGUGUCAUGGUGGUCGCCCCCGAAACUGGAAACGCUAUUGGCAGGCCGUGCGGUGUUGGGCUCGAGAUUCCAGGACUGAAACUUCCUGAUGAUUACACCGACGGUCUUUUGAGCGCGAGUCUCAAGCGGCCUUCUGGGAAGCCUGAAGAACCUCUUCCUUUAGCUCUCAACUCGGAUAACACUCUUAGCGUUUCCUUCACGCCGCAGGAGACUGGGGAACAUUUCGUGACGGUUAAGAAGUCUGGUAACCAUGUGAAUGGUAGUCCGUUUUCGGUGAUGGUCAGCGGUCCAGGACCAGCGGAUCCAAGCAAAGUCGUCUGUAUGGGUCCUGGUAAGAAAUGUUCUUUUUAUUUCAGAACAGUAAAUGAUUGAUUAAGGAUAUGACACCGACUUAAAUUGGUGAUUAUCUCGAUUGGCUAAUGCUAAGAAAAUGUUUGAAUCCUGGCUGAUCGUUGAUUAAAUCCUUCCCCUCGACUCUGCUAUUUAGCAGUGUAUGCUUUUGGGACAAGCUCAUCGAAGACCUACGUAAAACGAUUGAGAACGAAUUUUGCCAAUUUGCCCUUUAUUCGCUAUUCGUUUCAGCCCCCUCGAAUUGGAAGAAUAUUUCGCGCUUUCCGUCAUGUUUAAGACAAUGUCUUCGUCGCAACGUGACGUAACCAGGAAAACUUAAUAUUUCAAUUUUAUAUUUCACGUAGGCCUACAUGAUGGUGUGGCCGGUAAGCCAAGCAAUUUUACCAUAAAUACCCGCGAUGCUGGUUAUGGAGGACUCGGUUUAUCAAUUGAGGGACCCUCUAAGGCGCAGAUCACGUGUUUGGAUAACGAAGAUGGAACGUGUACAGUGGAAUACUUACCUGUUGAACCCGGCAAGUACACCAUCAAUGUGAAGUUUGCCGACGAAGAUGUUCCUGGAAGUCCCUUCACUUCAAAUGUCAGACCCUCAGGCGAUGAAAUCCAACCAGUUGAAGAGAACCUGGUAAGCAAAUGAGAAUUGACUUCGAAUUUCAUAUUUCAGACGAAAUUUUGGCAGUAUUGUAGGUUUGGUGAAUUAGCUGAGACUGCUCCAUAGAACAAUUUUCCAUUGAGUGGAGAGUUUUACUGUGCUCUGUGAUUUGUAUGAAAAACUUUCGCAGCGUUCUUCCUUAGUAGAGGAAGUGAUUAGUUCAGAAAACUCGCGUCACUAUCUGAACCAAUCAGAUUCGAAACAAAUCGCGAGUUAGUCACGUUUUCCCGCGCUUUAUAGGAGAUUCAAUGGAAUGUAAACAUUACUGGUGGCUGCGAAGUUAAUUUGCAAAGGACUCUCGCGCUCAAUAGACUGCUUCGAGGGGAAGAUUAAAAAAAAAAAAAGGAUAAAAAAAACACCGAAAACGAAAAGUCUGUUUCAAAUCGCACCACAAAAGUCUAUUCUAGUGGUCUUUAUCGCACGUUCUCUCUUUGGAGAGUUCGAUGUAGCAAGGGUUAUGCAGUUCAUUUCGUGGCUCUCGAGUUUUGACCAUCAUCUGCUUCGUUAUUUUACAGGUGAGCUCAGCUGUAUCUGACCAGUUCUCUGAACCAACCCAGCGAGUGUCCGAAGUGUUUGAAGAUCUUGUGACGUUCGGUUCCACUCCAGCACAGCCUCAUGACUUUGUCUUUGAUCUGAAGGGUUACAAGAUAGACGAUCUUGAAACGAUGGUUAUUAGCCCUGAUGGAACGGAGCUCGAUUCCGAGAUAAUUGAAACGUCACCGAAGACAUACACAAUCCGCUUUGUGCCUAAAGAGAGCGGAGAACAUACCAUCUAUGUCCGAUUCAAGAGUGGAAGAAAGAAGGAUAUACCCGGAAGUCCUUUCAAGGUCUUUGUGGAGGCACCUGUGUGGGGUGGGGCUGCAAAAUGUGUGGCUGCAGGACCCGGGCUCGAACGAGGUGUGGUUAACCAUCCGGGAGAGUUUACAGUGUGGACACGUGAUGCUGGUCCAGGAGGCCUUGCGAUCGCAGUUGAAGGUCCUGCUAAGUCAGAGAUUAAAUGCACAGACAAUGGUGAUGGGUCUUGCAAUAUUUCCUACCUGCCAACUACUCCAGGCGAGUACACAAUCCACAUCCGGUUUGCUGAUGAGGAUAUCCCUGGAAGUCCAUUCAAGACUAAUGUAUCACCGGAAGUAGAAGAUCGCUUUAGAGAUCUCAAUGUUACCGAUCUUGCCGAGAGUGGAUUGAAAGUAAACCAGCCUGCUUCGUUCUCCGUGCAGACUAAUGCUUCUGUUGGCGACGUGAAGGCGUCUGUCGUGGCACCCUCAGGGGAUGAGAAAGAAGCUCAAGUGUCUAACCUCGGUGGUGGAAACUUCGCCAUUCGUUUCACCCCAAGAGAAUUUGGCGACCAUCUUGUGAAUGUCCGUUUUGAUGGAUCUCACAUUCCUGGCAGCCCCUUUAAGAUCAGAGUAGGCGGUGCAGAAGGACACCCAGAAAAAGUCAAGGCUUAUGGUGAAGGUUUAAGCAAGGGUAGGGUCGGUGAAGCAGCCGAAUUUACCGUCAACGCUCUGGAGGCCGGCUCGGGUGCUCUUGCCCUUUCUGUGGACGGCCCCGCUAAGGUGAAGAUGAACUGCAGUGAAAAUGCUGAUGGUACCUACCAAGUAACGUACAACCCAGUCAUAGCAGGCGAGUACACGAUUAGAAUCAAAUUCGCCGGCCAAGAUAUCCCUGGUAGCCCUUAUAAUGUAACGAUUAGUCCCUCCGAUGGCAGAUACGUCAGCGACGGAGACGCCUCCAAGUGCACUUCUCGAGGAACUGGCCUGCAUAGUGCUGUUCUCGGGCAGCCCAACUCGUUUACAGUUAACGCCAGCAAUGCAGGACGAGGAUCCCUGAUGGUGGGGGUUGAAGGCCCUGCCAUACCAGCGAAAGAAAUCAAUGUCAAACACACAGGAAGCAACGUAUACGCGGUCAACUACGCCCUGGAGGAGCCUGGUGCCUACAUCCUGAAGGUCCUCUGGGCUGACAAGCAUAUCCCCGGAAGUCCCUUCCAAGUAACUGUUUGAACGCACGAGACUCGCGUGUAAGCGUAUCAAAUGUCAGGACCUAUAGCUAGUCUUGUAUUUAAGGAGCUAAAAAUUCAAGAAGAAACUAUUUUCGUGGACUGGAAGGUUGCACCUCGAUAGUUUUAAUCGUCUUUCGCAAGAACAACAAUGCUAGUUUUCUAUAUAUUAAAAUUUUUUCAGAACUUCCUUUUCUAUCAAUUGUUGAAAAUAUAAAAUUAAUAGACGGAAUAGUUGAAGGUCGAAGUUGUAGCUGUCUUAAUCUGAAAUCCAAUCACAGUGUAGCAAACGUGGGUAAAAUAGGUAGCAGAAAUUAAGGAGCACUGCAAAUCGUGGUUACCAUGGUUAUUGUAAUGACUAAGGGUAACAGGCAGGCUUAGAGCCUUUGUGUCUCUGUAUUCAGUUGUUUGUGAGUUUUUUAAAGUGAGAACUGUUUAUGACUAAGGGAUAUUUUCUAACAACUAAUAAUAAAUUGCUUAAACAAGU